AUGAGUUCUAAAUAUCUUGUAUUUUCUUUGUUUUUCUUAAUCUUCGUUUCUGUCGUUUCUUCUGAUUGUGUCCCUACCACAUAUCAACGUCCUGUAGGACUUCCACAAGGAUGUGUAUGUACCGAUGUUUAUGAAUGUAGUCCUACUGGUGAUACCUGUUCAUAUGGCUAUCGAGACUCUCGCGCGGAGUGCGGGGCUUUGAAAUGUCCACCAGAAAAAAGAAGAUUGUUGCAGGAAACUUUGUAA